AUGCAGGGAAUGCAUAAUGGUACAGAGGUUUCACUUUGUUCAAGCAAUAUAAAAUUUCUUUCUUUUUUUCUCAUCUCACUUCAUUCAGCAAUAUACAAUUUUUCUUUCUUUCUUUCUUUCUUUCUCAAUCUCCUUCAUUCAGGCAAUAUACACUUUUUUUCUUAUAUUUACAAUCUCUUUCGUUCAGCAAAUAUACACUAUCAUUCCUUCACAUUCUUCUCCGUACACGAAAUAAAAUCUUUAUUUUUCUUUCUUAUUCUCCAUCAUUCAGCAAUAAACGCUUUCUUUCUUUUACAUUCUCCUUCGUACAGGCAUUAUAAGGUUCCUUUCUCAAUCUCCUUCGUUCAGGAACUUUCUUUCCUUCUUUCUUUCUUUCUUUCUUUCUUUCUUUCUUUCUUUCUUUCUUUCUUUCUUUCCCGCGCUCAUUCUUUCAGCCAAUAUAUUCACCCUCUUUUCUUCUUUCACCUAAUGUAUUCUUUCUUUCUUUUUUCCAUUCAGCCAAUAUACACGUUCUUCCUUUCUUUCUUUCUUUCUUUCUUUCUUUCUUUCUUUCUUUAUUUUCUUUCAUUCAUUCGUUCAGCCAAUAUAUACCUCCUCUUUCUUCGUUCAUCCAAUGUACUCUUUCUUUCUUUCUUUCUUUCUUUCUUUCUUUCUUUCUUUCUUUCUUUCCUGCGCUCAUUCGUUCAGCCAAUAUAUUCACCCUUUUUUCUUCGUUCACCUAAUAUAUUCUUUCUUUCUUUUUUCCAUUCAUCAAAUAUACUUUCUUUCUUUCUUUCUUUCUUUCUUUCUUUCUUUCUUUCUUUCUUUCUUUCUUUCUUCUAUUUAGCCAAUAUACACUUUCUUUCUUGUGAAUAG